AUGCGUUUUCUGAUAACCCACAACCCUACCAAUGCUACCCUCAACAAGUUCACAGAGGAACUUAAGAAGUAUGGAGUGACAACUUUGGUUCGAGUUUGUGAUGCUACAUAUGAUAAAGCACCAGUUGAAAAAGAAGGAAUCCACGUUCUAGAUUGGCCUUUUGACGAUGGAGCACCACCCCCUAAUCAGAUAGUAGAUGAUUGGCUAAACCUACUAAAAACCAAAUUUCGUGAAGAACCAGGUUGCUGUGUUGCAGUGCAUUGUGUUGCAGGAUUGGGAAGGGCACCUGUACUAGUUGCACUUGCUUUGAUUGAAUGUGGAAUGAAGUACGAAGAUGCAGUUCAGUUUAUAAGACAAAAAAGAUGGUGA